AUGGAUUUGCCCAACGGACGAGCGACCCCCAAGGCGAUCAGCAACCCUGCUCUCAAGAGACGAAAACCGCAGGUUAUUCGUCGCAUCGAUGCAUGGAAGCUAGAGGCGGCAUUUUGCGAAAUCACGGGAAAUUCAAAGAUUAUCGAGAAGAAGGAUGGCAUUGCGCUCCUGGCGAGAUAUCUGGGCUUGGCGCCAUCCAGGCAGGAAGUCGACACGUUUUUUCAGAUGGUGAACGGCCGAUGCGACCUCGCGACGUUCCGGCGCUUCUGUUCGCUGCUGGUACACGACGAAGACAAGGCCGAGAAUUUCCGGCAGUUGUUUCAGGUCUACGACCGCGACCAGACGGGCAAGCUGAAGAAGAAAGUACUACGGAUGAUCUUCUGCAACAUCGGCGAGGCCUUCUCUGCGGAGGACUGGCGAAACUUGGAACAAGUUUUCGACCUCGCGGGCAAAAGCGACGACGACCUGAUUUCGUACGACUCCCUCGUCAACAAGCUUCUCGAUCUCCCUGGCUAA